GACACCAGGACAGGAAUGUGGCAAACGAUUUUUUGCUGAAUAUAAUCUAAAUGAUGCGAUUAAAAGAUGCAAUUUUGCAGAGAUGCAAUCACAUUUAUGAAAAUGUCUUUGUACUAACUAUAAUCCGCGCUUGAAGGAAUAUUAAGGUUUAAUAAAUACAUGAGGAAUUCAACUUAAGAAACAAAACAGCUUCUUUCUACCUUAUAUUUGUUCGGAUGUUGAACGGUCUGGAGUAAAGUAACCUUACCGGACGUCUUUCGAUAUCGAAAUGCUCCUACUUAAAUCACUGACGUCAAUUACAGGGUACGUGAGUAGAAAAUUUGAAAAUUGCCGGCAAACGUUAAUCGACUUUCCUUUUGUUUGAUGGAAGUAAAGCAAACAGUCUGCAUAAUCCAUGUUUGCCAAAUAUUUUACCAUAGUAGUGUAUUUCUAAAAUUAUGGCAGUUUCAUAAGAAUUUCAAUAGCUUGAAUGGAACAGCUCAAUAUAAAUCUUUCGCCCUAUAGAAUGGUUCCUAUGCUACAGUUCUGCUAUGAUACAGUUGUUAACGUUCUUUUUUGUAUGCACCGGCGUGAAAAUGAGCAGUGAAAGUAGUGGAGGGCAUCACACCUUCGUCAUAACGGCGACAUCGAAUAAUGUCAAAGCCACGUGGCGCACUUAUAGAAAAAUCCCACGGCAAGAACCGAAUACGUGCCAAGGCUAAACCUUGUGAAAAGAUUAAGCUCAUAUUACUUCACUUUUGUUAGAGACACUACGUUCGCCCAUACGUUCGCCUUUGUUUGCUAUAUCUCUGCAUUUCUAUUGGACGAAAAGUACACAAAAAGAUCCAGGUCGAAUUUCGAAUAUAAAAACAUUUGCAAAAUGUUUUUAUAUUGGGCCUAUGUACCCAAAGCUAUCGAUGCAACGAGAAUAUAAUACAAGCAUGUCUUAAGUACCUUUGGAUAUACAAAAUACUAUCGUGGCAUUAAUAAACAAUUGAAGACGUGCAUUCAGAUUUCGUGUUCUUGAAAUCGAUUUCGUAAACAGCUGAACUAUGGGUUUGUUUCUGAUAUCCGGAUAAAUCCCAUGGAAAACAUGUUGUGAUUUUUCAAAUUUAUUUUUUCUUAAAUUAAAAGAAAUCCCCUAUAUAUUUAUCCUCAUGAUACGAAUCACCUUCAAAUGUAAACUCUGCGAAAUGCUUGUUCUUUGAUACUUUUUAAUAUAUUUUAUAUAAUUUAAUAUAAUAAUAAUAAUGAUUGGCAAGAAAUAAACAGCUCUAGAUAAGUCUAGUCGUUUUGAUUCUGAUUGUUCCUUUGGGCAAUAUUUAAUACAUGGCAAAUAUUUAAUAAUAAUAGUUAACAUUAUAACUGGGCCAUUUAAUUUUUUUUAUUUUAUGAUUUAACGAGUUUGCGUUCCUUCGCAUAUUAGCCGCAUCGAUAAUGUUUUCGACAUCAGAAUUUGCGCGCCGCAGCUGAAAUAGUUUAGGGUGAAUUAAGUUCUUCCAUGCUGUGUGAAUGUAGUGCGAUAAAAAGGCGUUUUACGAAGUAAUAAAAAAAAUACUAGCUGAAGAGAUAACUACAACAUGAGCCAAAACACAUUGUUUGCCUUCUUCAAAAAAGUAGAUACGCCAUCCAAGCGCAAAAAAGAAUUGCAUUGCCUGAACAAUCGUGCAGUAGAAAAUGAAAAUACGCCUGUGGAAGCAAAUAGUAUACCACCAAAAACGCCAACGGUUGGUACGCCGCAAACACGCACUUCACGGGCAAUGGCAAAAAGUGACUCACCAAACUCGACCCCUAAGUCAUCAGCUAAAACUUCCAAGUCCGAUACUCCUUUCGCGAGGAAGCAAAACUCGUUCAAUAAAGAAGAUGGGAAAAAAAGAAAGCCACUAAAGCCUGCCAAUGGGGAAAAACCUAAGAAGCGAGCUCGCCUGGAGGAACACGAUACCGAUGACUGGGCUGAAGAGCUGCCGAGCUCCGAGGAGGAAGAUGUCGAUUCUGGAGAUGAUUACAUUCCGCCGGGUGACGGAUCGGAAAAGGGACACGACUCGUCUGAUAGUGAACCAGAGGGUGACGUAGAGAUGGAGCCUGAACCGCCUACGGAAAACGAUGAUGAUGACGAAGAUAUUGCUGAAUCGCCGGUUAAAAAGUCCCGCCGAGCACCUCGACACUCUCGUAGCGCAAUCUUGAAAACACCUACAACUCAAGAGGAAUCUGGCUCUUCGCAAUCUACUGAAGUCGGCAUCCCUCCCCAAUGGUUGCAUCUUACGCUGAACUUCGUAACAGAGCCGCGCGACUCCGAACGGAGGCCAAGGAGUCAUCCCGACUAUGACUACACAACGCUCUACGUACCCCCUGACUACUUAAACAAAGCCACACCGGGUAUGCGUCAGUGGUGGGUGAUAAAGUCUCGCCACUUUGAUACUGUUCUCUUUUUCAAAGUGGGAAAAUUUUACGAAUUGUACCACAUGGAUGCCGUUAUUGGUGUAGAACAGCUCGGACUAACAUUCAUGAAGGGUGAAUGGGCUCAUUCAGGUUUCCCUGAAAUUGCCCUGCAGAGAAAUAUGGAAGCGCUUGUACAAAAAGGUUAUCGAUGCGCUCGUGUUGAACAGACCGAAACUCCUACUAUGAUGGAGGAGCGAUGCAAAAAGAGUGGAAAGACGUCGAAAUAUGACAAGGUUGUCCGGAGAGAGGUAUGCCAGAUCUCCAGUAAGGGCUUGCAGCUAUGUGGUUCAAUGGAAGCUUCGGGUACCUCAUAUCUUCUUGCCGUAAGGCAGAAAGGAAAACGAUUUGGUGUAUGUUUGGUGGAUACAAGCGUAGCCCGUCUGCAUGUGGGCGAGUUCGAAGAAGAUCACCAGCUGUCUUGUCUGCGCACUCUAGUAAGCCAGUUUACGCCAGUUGAGGCGCUCCUCGAACGAACAUGCCAUAAUGACGUAAAGCUUAUUGUGGAGGCUAUCGGUGCAAAAAUAAUUGUUGACCGGAACCGUAUGACGCCCGAGCAAUGCCUCACGAUGAUCCGUGAGGGUAACUACUUCAAGGAAAAGGAGUACCCGAUAGGGCUGAAGACAUUGCUUAGUGAAGAUGAUCCUUUAAUGUCCACCCCACGGAAAGGCUGCGAAUUAGCGGUUCAGUCCUUAGCUGCGAUUCUAGAUAGCCUUAAGGAGGCACUCCUUCUCGAAGACGUUCUUACCAUGGGCGACGUCGAGCCCAUUCAGUUCAAAUAUGAAAGUGGCUCCAGCCAGUACUUGCCGAAGGUGAUGAUUCUGGAUUCUGUUGCCCUAACUAACCUUGAAAUCUUUCAAAACAGUUGUGGAUCAUCUGAGGGGUCACUGCUAUCUACAAUAAACUUCUGUUCUACUCCAUUCGGAUUACGUGAACUGAAGAAAUGGUUACUGGCCCCAUCAUGUAUUGCCGAUGUGAUUGAGUCACGUUGGGAUGCUGUUGGUGAUCUGAUGUCAAAUAAUUCAGUGGCCAAAAAGGUUCAAGAACGACUUCGAAAGAUUCCAGAUAUGGAUAAGAUGCUCGCCAGAAUUCACUCGCUCAGUCUCAAAAAGGGUAAUCAUCCAGAUUCGAGAGCUAUCAUAUACAACAGUGAAUUGUUCGCUAAGAAGAAAAUUGAGGAGUUUAUUGAGGUGCUGCAGGGAUUCCAGGAUUCUCUUUUAAUCUGUGACGUUUUCAAGGAAGUGAAUCUGAAGUCGUCUUUACUCAAAAGUGUAGUCACGAAACAAGAAAACGGUGGCCAAUUCCCCGACUUGCAGGAUGCUCUCGAUUUUUUUGAGCGGGCAUUUGAUCAGAAAAAGGCUCUGAAAGAGGGCAAAAUCACUCCGGUUGCUGGAGUGGAUGCAGAAUUCGAUGAUGCGACGGAACAGGUCAACAAAAUAAAGGACGAACUUGAUGAACAUUUGAAACUGCAAAUCAAGCACUUUGGGACCAAGGUGACGUAUACAGGCACUGGACGAACAGCGUAUCAACUUGAGGUUCCGGAAACAGCGGCUUCAAAGGCGGAUCCCUCGAAGCACAUAUUCAAAGGUCAACGAAAAGGCUUUCGACGCUACUCGACAGCGGAAAGUGAGCGAUUUUGUGCAAAAUUGUUAGAAGCUCAGGACGCUCGUGAAGCGGCAGGAAAGGAUAUGAUGAGGAGAAUAUUUGUAGCUUUUGAUGAGAGGAGGCCCCUAUGGAAAAAGGCCAUCGAAUGUCUUUGCGUCCUGGACUGUCUUCUGUCUCUAGCUCUGUACGGAUUAAACGCAGGCGGAUCAGUUUGCAGACCGAAAAUUGUUUCUGCCGCUAACGAUACCAAGCCCAUGAUGCGCAUCAAAAACGGUUCUCAUCCGUGCCUGCUAAAGGUCCUCGGAGCGAACAAGCUUAUCGCUAAUGAUUUUGCCCUCGGCAUCCAGGAAAAGGGCCGUUGCAACGGCAGCUCUGUGGCUCUAUUAACCGGACCCAAUAUGGGCGGAAAGUCUACGCUCAUGCGUCAGGUCGGUCUAUUGGCUGUGCUUGCUCAGCUUGGCGCAUGGGUCCCGGCCGACGAAAUGGAAUUUUCCCUUGUCGAUCGUGUGUUUACCCGACUUGGAGCUUCUGAUCAUAUCACCCUUGGUGAGUCGACGUUCCUGGUGGAGCUCCUGGAGACAUCGGCUGCAUUCAAACACGGCUCUCGACAUUCGUUGCUUCUCUUGGAUGAACUGGGUCGAGGAACUGCCACACACGAUGGAGCUUCUAUUGCUUAUGCAGUUCUAAAUCGCUUGGUGGGGCAUGAAAUGCGCACUCUUUUCUCUACACAUUAUCACGAGCUUGCUUCGGACGUUCGAGACGUUUUCCUUGGUCAUAUGGCUUACGUCGUUGAACGCGAAGACGAGGUAGUCUUUCUAUAUAAAUUUGUCGAGGGAAAUUGCGAAAAGAGUUUUGGAUUCAACGCGGCUCGUUUGGCAGGUGUUUCACCCAAGCUAAUCGAGCAAAGCUUGGAAAAAGCCCAGGAAUUCGAAAACCAAUCGAAGCUUUUACAGAAAUUUGCGAGGUACAUGACCCUCGACAGUGAGCGUUAGUCGUGGUUGUUCUGGCGUUUUUGUUCUAUUCGACCGUUGCUUUACUUAGUAGUAAUAAACCGAACGGUCAACCUUCCGUUCAGUUUCACCAAC